AUGAGGGGGCGGCACGCGGUGCGCGGGGGUGGCUGGCGCGCGCUGCCCCACAGGGGCCCCGUUGCCGCCGCUUCCGUGAGGGUGAAGGGCGCGGUCGCCGAGAGGGCGCACCCGGCUCCACGGGGAGGCCAAUUGUCGGCCUCCGCUGCCCAGCGUGCGGCCUUCGGCGCUGCGGUAGGCGUGAGCCAAUUCUCGCGCUGCAACGCGGCUGGCCUGCAGCCAUGCAUCGGCCCGGUUCUGCGCGCGUUUGGGCGGAGGCGCACGACGGGGAGGAGGCCGAUGUGGAAGAACACACCCUACGCAGCAACCCGGAGCUUCCAGGUGGUGGCGGAGCAAUAA